AUGCAUAUCCUCGUUACCAAUGACGAUGGACCACCAUCACCACACUCUUCUCCCUAUGUCCACUGCCUCAUUCAACAGCUCCAGCAAGCUGGCCACACUGUCUCUGUCUGCCUCCCUCACACUCAGAGAUCAUGGAUUGGAAAGGCACACAUGAUUGGGCAGACCCUCAAGCCUCUGUACUACCGUCCUUCAACUGUUGUCCAUGGCGAGGAUUCCCCAGGCACCACCCAUCAUCGACCCUCUCCUUCAGGAGAUGUUGAGGAAUGGAUCUUGAUUGAUGGGACACCGGCUUCUUGCGUCCAGAUUGGUCUUCACCAUUUCUUCCAGGAUCGGGGGCCUAUCGAUCUCGUUGUUAGCGGACCUAAUUACGGCAGAAACACCACUGCGGUCUUUGCCCUGAGUUCAGGAACGCUAGGUGCAGCAUUGGAGGCUGCUGUUUGCCAGAAGAAGUCAAUUGCCUUGAGUUUUGCUUUCUUCACCAGGAACCACGACCCAGUCAUUAUUGAGGCAGCUUGCCGACGCAGCGUCAAAGUUAUUGAGAAACUUUACAGUCAGUGGCCUACAGACGGCAGUGCAGACCUCUACAGCGUCAACGUACCUCUGGUGGAGGGCCUGGAAAAUAACAAAACAAUCUGGACAAAUGUUCUACAGAACUACUGGCGAGAAGGUGGCUGUUUCCAGGAGAUUGAAGGUGAGGCAGGUGACGAGAACGAGGAAGAAGAGAGAAUACGCGAGGGUGUCGGAGGUGAGGUGGACGAUGAAGCUAGACCUAGCUCACGAAAAGGACAUUCUCACAAACACUUCAAAUGGGCGCCCAAGUUCACUGAUGUGUACAAGAGCGUUGAAGAAUCCGCACCUGGCAACGACGGAUGGACUGUCAAAGAGGGACUGACAAGGGACUCGGGUUUAGAGGAAAGCCAACCUAAGCGAGAUGUGGCAUUGAGGCAAAAGAGCUCUUCAGUUCAAGCCAUCAUCUCCUACGAAGACUCUUACGUCCAACCACUGAUUCUAUCCGCCUUAAACUCUCUAUUUCCGGAGGGGGUGUUCAACGUGAUCACUGAAGUACCAGAGUCUGACGAGCCAGCUCUUGCAAAGGUUGCCCCCUUGGGCGGAAAUGUGCUGCAGAUCACCGCGUACGAGGCCAUCGACUUUGAAUAUGCUGCCAGCCAUGAAGGAACAACUCUUAUCAACAGCUACAUGAUUCGAAAAGCCCUUAUCCGAAAACACUUUCUGUCCACUACUGUUGACCACUGGGUCGCAAAGCAUCCCGAAUCAGUCCUCAAGACGCACAUCAAACGCAGUGAAGCCUUUGAGGUUGACUUUGCAGAGUUUCUGGACGAUGCCUUGGUGGAGGCCUUCGAUCUAAGGGAAAGUAUGGACCGCAAUGAGCAGCAAUCAGACCCUAAUGGAAAGGAGUGGUGGAUCCUGAAGCCGGGAAUGAGUGAUCGGGGUCAAGGAAUCCGUCUCUUCAGCUCGAUGGAUGAGCUCCAGAACAUCUUUGACAUCUGGGAGGAGGACCAGCCCGACACCGACGAUGAAGAGGAGGUUGAUGGAAAGGACGAUAACGGCGACUACAUCACAACCUCACAUCUGCGACACUUUGUUGCGCAGCCAUACAUUCAUCCUCCUUUACUGGUUGAUGGCGAGAAGCGCAAGUUUCACAUUCGGACGUAUGUGCUGUGCACCGGAAGUCUCGACGUCUGGGUUUACAAACACAUGCUUGCACUCUUUGCUGGAAAGCCUUACAGUGCACCGGCAGAUGCGCCAGAAGACAUCGAGUCUUUCCUCACCAACACAUGUCUUCAAGAUUCACCAAACGAGAACACAGUCCGUCGCUUCUGGGACUUGCCUCUGUCGAGUAACAUGCGUGACGACAUCUUCCGCCAGAUCUGCGACGUAACUGGAGAAAUCUUCGAGGCCGCAGCAAAGGCCAUGCCUAUCCACUUCCAGACCAUGCCCAAUGCUUUCGAGGUCUAUGGUCUGGAUUACCUUGUGGACGCUCAAGGCACUGCUUGGUUGCUCGAGAUCAACGCUUUCCCCGACUUUAAGCAAACCGGAGGUGACCUGAAAGAGAUUGUGUCUGGGUUCUGGAAGGGCGUCAUGAGGCAUGGAGUUGCACCAUUCUUCGGAGUUGAGAGUUCGAUCAAGGACCAGGAGGGUGCGGAGGAUAUGGUUCCUGUUCGUAAGGUGGAUUUGGGACGACGAUAA